GAACAAUUCAUUCGAGCUAGCAACGCGUUAUGAGCGAUAGUUGUGGAAAUAAUUGUGCGAGUUUUGUUAAUUGCAGGCGGUUUCCAGCAAUCUUGUGUUAAAAAAAAAAUAACUAUUGCAAAAUAAUUACUGCAGUGUUCAUAUAACAAAUAAAAAAUUAAAUAAAGCUAUACUGAAGAGUUUAGCUAAAAAUAAUUAAAAUAUUUACAAUAAUUCAAUAGUCGUGGGUGUGCAAUAUUUUUGAGACAUAAAGCUGCAACUGUCGAGCAAAAAGCAUUCGCGAAAAACCUCAGAAGCAAUCAAGGCGAAAAACAACGAAUUUUUCUUGAAAAACUGAAGCUGAAAGUAUUCAUCAGCUUAGUCCCGCAUUUUCCAACACCUCGUCAGUUUCAUUAAAGUCGUCACCAUUGCUCCUCAACCAGUAAGCAGUACAAUGAAUGGUCAAAGCUAUGAGCUGAACCAUACGAACGGUGAUAUCAUAUCACAGAAUCAGCAGAAGGGCUGGUGGACCAUUGGCCUGAUUAAUGGCGCACACAGGUAUAUGACGGCCGAAACUUUCGGCUUCAAGUUGAAUGCGAAUGGCGCCAGCCUCAAGAAGAAACAACUGUGGACAUUGGAGCCAUCGAAUACCGGCGAAAGUAUUAUAUAUUUACGAUCUCAUCUAAACAAAUAUCUCUCGGUCGACACGUUCGGCAAUGUGCUCUGCGAGAGCGAUGAACGCGAUGCUGGCAGCCGCUUCCAGAUAAGCAUCAGCGAGGAUGGCACCGGACGUUGGGCGUUGAAGAAUGAAUCGCGCGGUUACUUCCUUGGCGGCACACCCGACAAACUCGUCUGCACCGCAAAAACGCCCAGCUCCAGCGAGUUCUGGACCGUGCACCUGGCCGCCAGGCCACAAGUGAAUUUGCGCUCAAUCGGCCGCAAGCGUUUCGCACAUCUGUCCGAAUCACAAGACGAGAUACAUGUCGAUGCGAAUAUACCAUGGGGCGAGGAUACGCUCUUCACAUUGGAGUUCCGCGCCGAGGAGGGCGGACGUUAUGCUUUGCAUACAUGCAACAACAAGUAUUUGAAUGCUAACGGCAAACUGCAGACCGUUUGCAAUGAGGAUUGUCUCUUCAGCGCUGAAUACCAUGGCGGACACUUGGCGUUGCGUGACAAGCAAAGCCAGUAUCUAUCGCCAAUUGGCUCGAAAGCUGUGCUGAAAUCACGUUCCUCGACGGUGACACGUGAUGAGCUCUUCUCAUUAGAGGACUCCUUGCCGCAAGCCUCAUUCAUAGCCGAGUUGAAUUCGCGUUAUGUGUCGGUGAAGCAGGGCGUCGAUGUGACCGCCAAUCAGGAUGAGGUGGGUGAGAACGAGACAUUCCAGCUGGAGUUUGACUGGUCCGCCCAUCGUUGGGCGUUGCGCACCACACAGGACCGCUACUGGUGUCUGACCGCUGGCGGUGGCAUACAAGCCACCGGCAAUCGUCGUUGUGCCGAUGCGCUCUUCGAGCUGGUCUGGCAUGGUGACGGUUCGCUGUCCUUCCGCGCGAAUAAUGGCAAGUUUUUGGCCACCAAACGUUCCGGACACUUAUUCGCCACAUCCGAGAGCAUUGAGGAGAUCACGAAAUUCUACUUCUAUUUGAUAAAUAGACCCAUACUUGUACUUAAAUGUGAGCAGGGCUUUGUCGGCUACCGCACGCCCGGCAAUCUCAAGUUGGAAUGCAACAAGGCCACCUACGAGACGAUUUUGGUGGAGCGCGCCCAGAAGGGUCUGGUGCACUUGAAGGCACACAGCGGCAAAUACUGGCGCAUCGACGGCGAAGGUAUCUCCGUGGAUGCGGAUGCGCCCGCCGAUGGCUUCUACUUGGAGCUGCGCGAGCCGACCCGAAUCUGCAUAAGAUCGCAAACUGGCAAAUAUUUGGGCGCUACGAAAAAUGGCGCGUUCAAGCUGCUCGACGAUGGCACCGACUCGGCCACACAGUGGGAAUUCUAAGCGACUUCAAGGCGCUGCAAUGGGCUGGGCGAUUGCUUAAUUGAUAAAUAACACACUUUGUAUGCAAUUCAGUAGCAGGCAGGCAUGCAAAAGCGGGAGCAGUGAGGAAAAGUGAAGUAAACAAAGAAAAAUUGUUUGCCAAUAAGGAUCGUGAAAAAAACCUAGCGUUCACACACACACAUAAACAUACAUAUGCAUACAUUUAAGUAAAAGUGAGUCAAAAAAUUAAGAAAAAUAAUAAUAAUCAAAUAAAAAAGAAACGAGAAAGCAAACGCAAAUAAGUUAAAUGAUAAUGAAUUGAAAUAUUAAAAUAAAUCGCAUGCAAUUUUUACUGAAAUAUCAUGCGAUUGUGGCGAAACGUAGCAAACCGCAAUACAAUUCAAUUGGAGAUUUUAUAAGGCAAAUAAAUACAUCAAUAAUUAAUGUAGUAAUUAAAGUAAUUUGUAUGAAAAUUAAAAUGGUAAUCAUGCCCUUUUAAAGAAACGCUUUUACAUACAUACUUACAUGCAUACAUACAUAUAUACAUAGAGCAUGCAUACAUAUUCACAGCAUAAUAUUUUUAUACCAUUAAACAGAGGUGGCAAAUAUUGCAAAUGAAACUGAAAUUUAUGAAAGUUAAUAUAAAAAUACAACAAAAACAAAAAAUAAAAACAAAUAUAAUAUAAAAACAACAAAACAAAUUGUCAACAAAAACAGGAAACGCACAAUUUUUUACAUACUUUUAUACAGCAACAAAAGUCUAGCUUUUAUACCGUGCAAAGAAAAAAACAACAACAACAAAAUAAUUAUAUAUAACAUUUACACUGUCAUGUGUAGGCAAGUAGGCGGCAAAGUGGCGACAAGUACUGUGGAAAAUCGUGCAAAAUUCUAAAUUUCGAAGAGGAUUUAAAUAAAAAGUCUUGGAUUCGUUGGUUAUUCUCAAAACUUUAAUUCACUUGCAUACAAGUAUAGUCCAGUUCAAUACUUCGCUUCGAAAAAAAUUUCUCGAACUGGAAGUGACUUCGAAAACGACUGAUUUUGUUACCUUUUUUUACUUUUUUUGAAUACAAAAGCAAAUUUUUCGAAUAUAAAAACCACAAAAAAUUUGAUUUUUACUACUCAAAUUGAAUUGUAGCGCAUAACAGUACAAAAGUGGUGAAAAUUAACGGACCGUUUGCGAAAAAAUUUUUAAUUUUCAAAAAAAAUUUCAAAUCGGAAUAUUUUACAUACCAAUAUAUCCGUGGAAUACAAUAAAAUUAGCUUAAGGAGACUUAAAAUAUCCGUGGUAAGCAGUAAAAGUAGCUUAAGGCGACUUAAAAUAUCCGUGGCAAGCAGUAAAAGUAGCUUAAGGCGCCUCAAAAAUUCUGCUUUAAUUAUUUUCGAAUAUGUGAGACAUGAGCUAGAUUGAAAACUUCUAAUUAUGAUAAAACAGUGAUCAAGAAAAUGCAAAAUGUCUCAUUGGAAAUCAAAAUGCCUACAAUAGCUGAAGACAAUCUAACCUAAUUUAGCAUAUAUGUACGUAACCACAGUUACAUAUUUUUUAAUUAAAAUUAUUUCAUCUUUUUUUCAUAUAAAUCACUUGUCGUAAACUUUGCGCUGCACUUGUCUUGCACUGAAGUGUGUUGCGUAAUAAAAAUGCCAAUUUUGUGAGUCCUUCCGUUGCAAGUCCUUUUUAUAUAGUGUGAAAAAUAAAAAAAAAAAACAUAAAAUUUACCUACAUAAAUAGUAAGCAUAAAAAAUAUAUAUAAAAUCACUAAAAUCGAGCGUUUGGCAUUGGAAUUUGUAAAAUUAUUUAAGUAUUUUAUAUAAAAGAAAUCUAUAAGUCGCAAUUUUAUUGACAAUGCGUGAAUAUUUUAAAUGCUUUUUUAGCAAUUUUAAUCAGAAACUCCUCCAAUAUAUGUAUGCGUAUAUAUUCCUAUUAAAAAAAAGCAUUACAAUCUACAUUUUAUAUAUCGAUUAUGUAUAAGUAAGUUAUAUAUGCGAAAUUCAUGCAGGCAUAAGUGAGGUUAUGCACGCGUGUACGUAUACUUAUGUGUGAGAGCCCAGCACAGCAGGCUGGCAACAAAAGUGAAUUAAUAGAAGUAAAAAAUAAAUGAAAAUAAAAUAAAAUGCGCGCAAAGCGUUAAAAGCGUAGAAGAAAGCGCGUAGUGCAGACAACAAAAUUGUAUUAUAAUUUAAAAAAUAUAUAAACGCUAACAGCGCAAAUACGUUCCAUAUGAUUUGAGAGGAGAGUUUGCAAUAUAUUUUUUAUUUUUGUUACCUGUGUGUGUUUCGUUUAUAAUAAAUAUUUUUUUUUGUAGAAUUUCAAAACAAUUUUUAUAAUAUUAAAAAUAGUAUACAUACAUACAUAUGUAUUUGAAAAAUCUCCAAAAAUAUUUUAUUUCAUGCGCACUCUUACAUUACUCUUAAUACUUUUUAUUUAUACAAAUUCCAACGAAUUUAUAAUUAUUCUCUAAUAUUUGUGUAAUUACAUACCAGCAUAAAUAAAUACCCCCACCCACGCACAUACAUGCAUAUGUGCUCGUGUAUUUGUAGCCUUUUGAUUUUAAUAUUUCAGUACACAGCAUCAUUUCCUAAUAGUUUGUAAUUUCACUGCGUUGUUCAUGUCACUCAAUUAGAUUUUAACCUGCACAUACAUACAUACAUGCAUAUAUAAAUUUAUAUAUAUUAAUAAAUAUCUCUACUAUGAUUUGUAUUUAAAUGUCUUUGCGAACCGAUUUUGAGUUCAAUUUGUUCCAAGCACCACUUCCACUUGUAUUUACGCAAAAUGCCGUGGCAAAGUUCAUGCAAUUAAAAUCUAUCAAAAUAAAUAUGUAUUUAUAAUUAGAAAGCAGAAGCAAAAGUGGUUAUUUACAUAAAAAAAGUAAAUAAGAAUUAAUGAAAGAGCAUUAUGUGAAACUAAAGCGAUAUCAAUAUCAAUAAAGGACACUUAUUAUAUCAUGUAUUCAUACUCUAAAA